AUGGACGAUUCGGGUGACGAUUUGGCUGCUCGAGGGCCCAGACGAGUAUCAACUGCCCCUAUACCUUCACGAGGUCACACGGAACCAGAAACAGCCGACUCGGAUCUUGUCGAAACACUCUACAGCCAUCCAAAUGUCAAGAUAAUAUCCUUUACGGCCACUGGUCGGGCCUAUGCGAGGAGUCCUGGAGGGCCCGCCUUGAGCAACGUUGAUCCACCGAGUUCUUUAUCAUGGUCCUCACAGCUCGAGAGAACCAUCGCUGUAGAGCUUCCCGUGGAUGACCCCGAAGAUCAGCAGCGAGCCGAAGAACUGAGGGAAGUGUUGGACAAGAUUCUACAAUUUGAAAAGACGGAGUGCCCUUUCAAGCGCACCUUUACUGUCGAUUUGCCAGAGCAGGUUCCCGUCACAAUCCUGCCCUGGACGCCGCGCGCACAGCCUAUGACUCCUUCUGAGGAGGCAGCACCCGCAUCCUCUACGGACUCCCGAAGGUCCUCCUUUGUUGGGAGAGCUUCUACACCUACUCCCUUGCUUCCUAGACAGCCCAGAGAUAUACCAACAAGCCCGAUACCGACCAGACCUGAAAGCGCGGCUUCUAAUGUGGUGCCUUCCAACAUAUCUCUUUAUGAAGAGUAUGGCAUGAACCUCGACCCUCUGCAACCGUUAGGUACAGGGAAUGCCGGCACUGGACCCUUGGAGGCUGUCCCAGAACGCCCAGGUGAACAAGGCUCUCCAGAUAUGCUCGAGUCUCACGAUAGGUCAUCUGUACUCUCUUCCAGCCCCACGGAAGAUGAUUCCUCUGUGUAUCAACUUCAUGAAGGCUCUGGAAACCGAGGUGGCAAUAUGAAGGCCAGACUACGACGACGAACUGGGAAUUUCACAACAAGAUCUGCUACGAUGCCACCACACAUGAUGCCGACAUUGGAUAAGCCUGCACCGUCGGGUUCCACGUCAAGGGAGCCUCUCUUAAGAAGUGUAUCAGAAACAACAGGAAAGCCGACUGGCCGCGCUGCAGAUAACACCUUUUCUCCCCAGAAGAAGAACAAAGGAGAUGUGAAGGCCUCCCAGUCACCACAGCAAAAGGUCAAUGCUCAACAACCGCGAUUACUACGUAGAGAUAGUGAGGAAUCUUUCCAUAGUGUUGAGUCAUGGCAUUCGUCUGGAGCUCCACAGCAUCCUUCGCCCCCUACUUCCCAAGCAGAAUCUUCUAUGGGGGCAAAUAAUGACCCGUACGAGGCAGAUAGACUGUCAGCCGGCAAAAGAAACAAAGCAUCACAUAGCAGGGGCAGUUCUCCCAUGCCAUGUGCAUGGGAGUCCGACUCUGAUGAUGAUAGCGAAACAUCUGACGAAAGCUCAUCGUCGGAUGCGGAUUCAGUGAGAGAGCUCAAAAAUGAUGCCUUCCCCAAACUUGACGCCGGCCCGUCGACAACAUCCACGACCGCACCACAGCGGCCAUUCGUUCCACGCCAUAGAGCGACUACUGGUAGUAUUUCUGUAAGGCGACGUGCCCUGUCACCUCUGCCACCAGCAGCCAACCUCUUCACGCCGGCUUCAACCAUGGAACGGAGACCGUACAGGAGUAAGUUGGAGACGGUUAAGAACCUUCCAAUGGCUAUUAUUGCCAAGACCUACGAGAUGAUAUUGGGUCCUCCCAGCUCUCUCAUCCGCCUAAUCCUCAAAGUGGCAGCUAAGAUUGCUUCUGGACAAUGGCGAGGUCUCGUGUAUGGAUAUGGUGAGGAUGGCGAAGAGAUACCGGUGCAGUGGGAUUACUCUGAGGGAGAAUUCAGCGACUGGAGUGAUGAUGAACAUGAUCAACAUGAUCGCAGUCAUAAACAAGGGAAGCGAGAGCAUCGGCAUAGCAGACAUCGCAGCAAUGCUCAAGAUAUGGCAGUAGAGGAUGAGAUGCGCAGGCGGCCCUCAUCUUCUGACGAUAGCCGAAGCUGGGGAGUUGAUUGA